GAGAAUGAAUGGUAUGAACAAUUGUGGCAAACGGGAGAAUGGUAUAUACCUGGCACCAGACCCCCAAGAAACAUCGAAUACUCUGACGAUGACUACGAAGAAGAAAUGGUGUAUUCAGAAAGAUGCGAAACUCCCUACGAUCACCCGUUAUAUGAACAGGAUUAAGAUCGAAGGGGAGAAAGAAAAAGUGCCAGGAUCAAGACCUAAAUCCACUGGAUCGGAAUAUGCAAUCUGUCUACAGCACCAAUUACAUUUGGAAGCUGAUUCGUAUAUUCUGGAGGAGAAAAACCUUAACUGUUUCUUGAAGCAUGUCACCUGCAGGCCACUGAAUAAUUUUUUUAAGUAG